AUGUCCUCAGAAGCUAGAAAUCGCUCCCGCACAGUGAAUGAGUUUGUCCUCUUGGGUUUCCCUUGUCGCUGGGAAAUACAGCUCUUCCUCUUUUCCAUCUUCCUUGUGACAUACAUCCUGACUAUUCUCGGAAACAUGGCCAUCGUGUGUGCAGUGCGCUGGGAUCACCGACUCCACACCCCCAUGUACAUCCUGCUGGCCAACUUCUCCUUCCUGGAGAUCUGCUAUGUCAACUCUGAUGUGCCCAACAUGCUGGCCAACUUCCUCUCCAGGAGCAAAACCAUCUCCUUUACUCAGUGCCUUCUCCAACUGUACUUCUUCUUCUCACUUGGCACAACAGAGUGCUUAUUUCUCUCUAUCAUGGCCUAUGACCGGUUUCUAGCAAUAUGCCGCCCCCUGCACUACCCAACAAUCAUGAAUCCUAAGUUCUGUAGCAGCCUGGUCAUCUUUUGCUGGGUGUAUGGUUUCCUCUGGUUUCUGGUUCCAGUGAUACUUGUCACUCAGCUACCAUUUUGUGGCCCAAAUGUGAUUGAUGACUUUCUAUGUGACCUGGGUCCCCUAUUGGAUCUGGCUUCAGCCUGUGUCCCAAUCCCAGGGACUGUUCUCAUAUGUGGCACCAUGAGCUCCCUCCUCAUCUUUGCAACCUUUUUCUACAUUAUUGGCUCAUACACCCUAGUGCUCAGGGCUGUGAUGCAGGUGCCUUCUGCUGCUGGCCGGAAGAAGGCCUUUUCUACCUGCUCUUCACACCUGGCUGUCGUUUUUCUGUUCUAUGGGUCUGUCAUGAUAACAUAUGUGAGCCCAGGAUCAGGACAAGCAGAAGGCAUGCAGAAGUUCACUACUUUGUUCUACUCAGUUUUGACCCCGUUUUUCAAUCCCAUGAUUUACAGCCUCCGGAAUAAAGAGAUGAAAGAUGCCUUAAAGAAAGUGUUAGGAUACUCCUAA